UCACUGUAGUGUCUAGGUCGGUGCUGAAGAUGAUAGGAUGAGCAACUUUUCGCGGCGUGUGCUGUUUGCUAUCAUCGCGGUCGCGUCACUAUUUGUACUGUUCAGGUAAGAGAGCAGCUCCAGUCUUCUGUUCAAGAUCGUCAAUUUAGCCGGAGUCCAAAACCACGGCACUUCAACCGCCUGUCAGAAAGUCGACACGGUAACCUCAAUUCUACAUGUUAAGACCCUUUUAAUUCCCAUUUCUGAUCGCUGUCCCCUCGAACAUCUCCUUAAACUGUGCAAUAACUUGCGAAGUCUCGCGGGUGAAGAAAUUGUACGGAUAUCCUGAUCUCAUAUAGCUCCUUCAACCUGCAGUCAACAAUCUCGGAAAUGGCAUCGCAAGAUAAGGCAGUGGCAGAGUUCCUGCCACUCGGCGCAAUCAUUCGAACGUUUUUGGUUGAUGGCCAAAACAUUGUUCAGAACUUCGAGAAGACGGAUGAGUACAGGCAAUACAAUGUGCCGCAUUUCGGAGAGACCAUCGGCCGGGUUGCGAAUCGAAUCUCUGGCGCAAAGAUCAACAGUCUGAACAGCCAGUCAUACGAAUUGGCUGCAAAUAAUGGACCGAAUAGUCUCCAUGGUGGCCCUACGGGCUGGGGAAAGAGGGUCUUUACUGGCCCCGAAGUCGACGACAAAGGGCGAACGGUCUUCCGUUAUCGAAGCGCAGACGGCGAAGAAGGCUUCCCUGGAGCCGUGGAGCUUCGGGUCUAUUACACUGCAAGCACUGAGAAGAGCAACGGCAAGGAAACCAGUGUUUUGGAGAUUGAAUAUGAAGUUGAAAUGGUGGGAAAUGAAGCGGAAGAGAAAGACAUCACAGAGACUGUGGUUGGGAUCACAAACCACAGCUACUUCAACUUGAACUUACCGAACUCUUCCAUCGCCGAUACCGAUGUCACUCUCGCGACAUCGCAACACAUGGUUGUCGACGAUACAAGCAUCCCUACCGGGCCGAUUGAGUCCUAUCCUGGGAUAUCCGCCAACAAGCCUUUCAAACUCGGGCCAACCGAUCCUGACAUCGAUCAUUGCUUCAUUCUGAACGAGGACCCCUCCUCGGUCCCGAUCGAUACGCGGAAGCUCCCCCUACAGCGCCUCAUCCAUGCUCGGAAUCCGGAAUCGCGAAUCAACCUGGAAGUCCACAGCACCGAGCCGGCCUUCCAGUUCUAUACCGGCAGGUAUAUCGACGUCCCUGCAGCAGGAACACAGCCCGCCCGUGGCUCGCGGAGUGGAUUUUGCGUGGAGCCCAGUCGAUACGUCAAUUCGAUCAAUGUUGACGAAUGGAAAGGGAUGGUGAUCUUGAAGCGCGGACAACAAUAUGGGAGCAAGAUCGUGUACAAGGGAUGGCGCGAGUGAAGGAAUCGUCUAAACGUGUAUCUCUCCGGAAACCUAUCUUGAGAUGAUCAUGGAAGGGAAUCAUUAUCCGAGAUGAGAAAUACGCUCCCUGUUACGUUACUGCAAGUCCAAAUUAACUAGUUAGUAGCUGUGUUAAUUAUUAGUAACCUCGGGUCCGGGGUAAUGAUGCCACUACUGCAAGCUCAGUCAUGCAUGCAGAAUUGUCGCACUGGAGCCGCAGGGCGCAGAGUCACGUUGUCACAUAAGCAGUCCAUACGCUUC